CCGAUGCGUUUAUCCUCACGAGGGUUUUAACUUCCGUGUGGUCAGUUUACCGCCGCGACAGGAGUUGCAGCGUAGGACGUCGAGGACAAAGUGCAGUGACACGAAAAUUCCACAAGGCGGUGCUGUAACAGACGCGGCUCGGAUGAGGGCUGCCUCGGAAUUCACGCGCUUCUUCGUAAUCUAAAUGUCAUUUAAAUGGGGAGGACGGCGGAAGGCGCUCUUGUAAAAGCCAUUCGUGAAACCGAAUGCUCCAGUAAGCCAGUCAGCCGCUCCUCCUCUUCCUUGCCAUGUCGGAGAAUCUUUCGCAGAGUGAGAUGGACUAUCCGUUUAAACUACUCGAGUACUUGAACGGCUUUAAGGUGUCAAUGGCGAUCUUCUCCGCCUGCGAGCUGGGCGUUUUUGACCUCCUGUCGACGUCGCCGUGCGCCCUGAGCGCCCAGCAGGUGGCGCAGGCCCUGCGCGCCAGCGUGGACGGAACCGAGCGACUGCUGGACGCCCUGGUGGGCAUCGAGAUACUCCACGUGGAGUCGCAACCGCAGGACGGCACCGCUCUUUACAGCAGCACCGAAGUGGCCAGCGUGUACUUGGCCAAGGGUGGUGCCAAGUCGCUGCACGACCUCGCCAUCUACAGGUUGGAGACCACCUACCCGCUGUGGAACAACUUGACGGACGCCGUCAGGGAAGGCAAGAACCAGUUUGAGAAGACGUUUGGGACCCAGCACAAGGAGUUCUUCCAAGCCAUCUACAGGACCGAGGAGAAAAUGCAGAAAUUUAUGGGUUUCAUGAAAUCCUCCUGGAUGCUGGACGGACACGACGUGGUGACGGCGUUCAACCUUGCCGGCUUCCAGAACAUCGUUGACGUCGGAGGCUCUACCGGUGCGCUGGCCCGUGAGAUAGUUAAGGCCUACCCCUCGUCCUCUGUCACCGUGUUUGACCUGCCCGCGGUUGUGGACAUGGCCACCAAGCACUUCCUGCUGGAAAACAACACUUUGACAUUCCAGAGCGGAGAUUUUUUCAACGACGAACUGCCUACUGCAGAUUUAUACGUCCUGGCUCGCAUCCUCAAUGACUGGCCGGAGGAAAAAUGUCUGAAGCUUCUCAAAAGGAUCUGUGACGUCUGCAAACCAGGCGGCGGCGUGCUGCUGGUGCAGGCCACGCUGCUGGAGAGCCGACGUGGCCCCGUCCAUGCGCAGCUCUCCUCGCUCAACAUGCUGGUGCACACGGAAGGCCGCGAGCAUCCGCCUUCCAAGUACACCAGGAUGCUCCAAGAGAGCGGCUUACGCGACGUGCAGCUGUGUCGCACGGGGAAAUACUACGACGUCAUCUUGGCUCUCAGAUAAGAAUCUGAGAAAAUUGGUGUUCUGUGCCUUUAAGAGACGAAGCUCAGAGCCAAACGCCCUGACGUCAUUUUUUUCUCCCCCAAUUUGCAAACAAGUUCUUGUUUGCGGCGUCCAACGAGAAAUACAUUACACAGUGUAGUGAUGUUUGUUAGGUGGUCAAAACAAUAAAAAAAAUAAAAAAAUGUAUAUAGUAUUUGUUGCGCUGUGCUUUUAAGAGACAAUAUGACUUAACCUUGCCCUCAACGUGAAUGAUUGACAGAUUGUUGCGUGAUGCGACAAAAAGCAUAUAAUAAUAACAUUUGGUAACAAG